AUGUUCGAAGAACCUCCAUUAUUGACGUGUGCUGCUGGUGGCAGUUUAAACAAUGUGAGAGAAGAGAGUGUCCAAGUCUACCAUGAUCUCUUACGAUCUGAAGAAGAGUUUGUCUCGGAACUUCGCACAUGUGUCGACAAUUACAUUCGAGUACUUGACGAUACUAAUGUACCUCCAAAUAUUGCAGCCAACAAAGAGAAAUUGGCUUUGAACGUUACUGAACUCUACAAUUUUCAUGCUAAUGUAAUGCUCAAAGGCCUCAACUACUACUCGGAUGAUCCUGGAAAGGUACUUUUUGUUAAUUUUUUAUCCUUUUGUAUUUACUCUUCUUCUUCACGCACGAAGAGCAGAGUAUGCAUUCCUUUAUUUGUAUUUCUCAGCUUAGGCGCCCUUAGGUGACA